UGGUCGUGCUUUCCAUUUGAACAAUAACACUUCUUGUACGCAGUACCAGAACCACAAAUUCCAUCUCUCCCAAAAAGUUCUUCAGCAAAACCUCUUCCAUAUUACGACGUUAGCUCUCGAAACAUUAUUACUCAAAAAUCCGAAAUCCUUACUUUUCCUUGGCGACCCACCACCACAGUCCAGAGAGCCAUCUGGACUAGAAACUUGACGUGCCAAAAUGGUACAGUCCAAUUUUCCAAGUCCGAUGCACUAUCAGUCCCCAUACAUGCCACAGGCCGAAGAGACAACACUGGGUACAAUAUCUCCUACGGCGAUGAUGCCAUCCAGCUAUGCUUACUCUGAUUUUGUUGCCUCCGCUCCUACGAACAACUUAGACAAAUUCUCGGGUACAAGAGCCAUUCCUGACGAUUUCGAAUAUCUCGCGGGUUCAAACACUGCCCAGAUACCAUUCUCACCAACCUCUAGCUUCGGGAGUACCAUCUCUCCAGGCACGGUACCUGAAUUGGCGUAUCCUACAGUCCCCACUCAGCCAGCUAAGAGGAAACGAGGCCGUCCCCGCAAGGACCCCAAUGAUACAACAAAGGCACCCUAUAAGCAUCGAAAACCACGGAAUAAUAACGAACCAGCGGCCAAAAACGCCAAGUUUAUUACGAAAGCCAAGAUGUUGGAAACGAUUGCCAGAAUCACAGGGGAGAAUGAAGACUGGCGGAUGAAGUAUGAGAAGGAGGUGAAAAGGAGUUCCGACCUCGAGGUCGAGAUUCAAGAGUUGAAGAGCAGGUUGUUAACGGUUGCACCUCCAAAUGAUGUUGAUGAAACAAAUGCCUGGGGUGAUAUCGGGGAUUAUGAUUUUGACGUAACAUUUGAGCUGAAUUAGCGACUCAGCGCAGUAUACCAGACAAAUUCCUAAGGUUUGGGUUUAAGCGUGGCAUUGUAGCGGUAUUGGCGAUACAGCGCACAGCAAAGAGAUGCCUUGGAGUUUAAUUUGUGUCCAGUUCCACUGCACAUGUAUUCGUGCCACAAGGUUUCUCACAAGGCGUGAAGAGUUGGAUUUUCUUCUUGAAUCGUACAGCCGGUUAUUGG